UCGCUCUCAGAGGGCGGAGCGCGUUUCCCUACCGGGAGCUUGAUGCGGAAGGCCGGAGGCGGCGGGCACUUGCGCAGAGCGAUGGCGGAGACCAGUCGGGUGGUCGGGCAGGAGGCGGGUAGCGACGAGGGUGAACCCUUGGGAGAAAAGCGGCAACUUCUGCGUGAGGAGUUCGCUGCGGUCGCGAGCUGCGACGCCUCUGCGGCGCGGCGCUACCUGGCUGAGAACAACUGGGAGAUGGAAAGGGCGCUGAACGCCUACUUCGAGCGGCCGGUAGAAGAGGGCGCCUUAAAACGCCGCCUGGAGUCCGAGCCCGGGUCCUGUGUUGACCUAACCAACGAGGAAACAACUGAUUCCAUUAGUUCUAAAACCAGCACAUCUGAAAAUCUUCAACAAGAAGAUGGCAGCAUGUUCUCUUUAAUUACCUGGAAUAUUGAUGGAUUGGAUUUAAACAAUCUGCGAGAGAGGGCUCAAGGAGUAUGUUCUUAUUUUGCCUUGUACAGCCCAGAUGUGAUAUUUCUACAGGAAGUUAUUCCCCCAUAUUAUAGCUACCUAAAGAAGAGAGCAAGUAAUUAUGAGAUUAUUACAGGUCAUGAAGAAGGAUAUUUCACAGCUAUAAUGUUGAAGAAAUCGAGAGUGAAAUUUAAAAGCCAAGAGAUUAUUCUUUUUCCAAAUACAAAAAUGAUGAGAAACCUUUUGUGUGUUCAUGCAAGUGUGUUGGGAAAUGAACUUUGCCUUAUGACUUCGCAUUUGGAGAGCACCAGCGGGCAUGCCAAGGAACGAAUGAAUCAGUUCAAAAUGGUUUUAAAGAAAAUGCAAGAGGCUCCAGAGUCAGCUUCAGUUAUAUUUGCAGGAGAUACAAAUUUAAGGGAUCAAGAAGUUACCAAGUGUGGUGGUUUACCCAGCAACAUUUUGGAUGUCUGGGAGUUUUUGGGCAAACCUAAGCAUUGCCAAUAUACAUGGGAUACACAAAUGAAUUCUAAUCUUGGAAUACCUGCUGUCCGUAAGCAUCGUUUUGAUAGAAUAUUUUUCAGAGCAGCAGCAGAAGGCGGCCACGUUAUUCCCCAAAGUUUGGAUCUCCUUGGGUUGGAAAAACUGGACUGUGGUAAAUUUCCAAGUGAUCACUGGGGUCUUCUUUGCAACUUAAAUGUAAUAUUGUGAAAUUUUUUUCAAAUAUGAGUUUUAAAUGUCCUGAGUAAUUUUGUUCUGGAUAUUUGCAAGUAUAAUUUUUACCUUUCUGGAAAAUUAGGUUUCAUAUGGAAGAAUUAAUAGACUGGAUCAUUGUAAGAAAAGAACAAAAUAUUGUGAUUUUAUUUUGUGGAUUGUGUCUUUAAAUUUCAGAUUUAAAUAUUAAUGUUUAUUUAAACUAAAGUAUAUCUGUGUUCAGAAUAUGAGGCUCUUUUUGGGGGGGGGCAAGAAUAUGAGGCUCUUAAUGAAAGGGCACAAAGGCUGUCAGCUUUUUUUUUUUUUUUUUUUUUUUUUAGCUGAGCCAUCCUGCUACCUGUUGG